AUGAGUGACAUAGCACAAGGAAAGAGGCCACAGUUGGUCGAUGUUGCUGUGCAGUGUGAAGAAAUAGAGUUUGAUAAGACAAGAUUCCUGUGGGAGGAUAGUAAUGACUUAGAUGAAGAAGAGACUCAUGAAGCUCUGCCACCCUUUCUUGUGGAGGUGGAGCUGGAGAAUGAGAGCACAGAUGAGGAAUUGGAACAAAACCAAUCAAACCACACUUGUCCUGAUUGUGGCAAGACUUUCUCACGCUCUGAUAACUUAGCCAGGCACCGCCGAUCUCAUGAAGGCUACAACACUCGACCUUACACGUGCCCUAGAUGUGGGAAACGAUUUGUUCGUGCACAGCAUCUUGACCAGCACUUCCUCACACAUACUGGUGAACGUCCCCAUGUGUGUUCUCAAGCAGGUUGUGGACGAAGAUUCUCUCGUAUUGAUCACUUGCGUAAACAUGAGAGAAUACACACUGGUGACCGCCCGUAUCUUUGUCCACUGGCCCAGUGUGGGAAGGCAUUUGGCCAGAAUACACAUCUCCAAAGAGGAGUUACAGGCCUGGAUUGGAAUGAAUAUCUUGAUGGGUGUGGUUGUGUUGUCAAGUUUAGUGCACUACUGGAGUUCAGAACCUGCCUUAGUAUGCACAUAAAUGACAACAGGCCUGAUCCUCCAAGAAGGCAAACCACAAUAAACUUCACAUGGUCAGACCUCAUAAACUUUCUGAACAACACAAUUCGUUAUCCAUACACAGCUAGUAAGGUAUUGGCUGUAGAUGAAAGCAUUAUAUCUUUCAAGGGACGGUCUUCGCUCAAGCAGUAUAUGCCUCUCACGCCAGGAAAACGAGGAUACAAGGUAUGGUGUUUAGCAGGCUCAAAGACUGGCUAUGUCAUAAACUUUGAUAUUUACACAGGAAAAUCAAAUGUCUGA